GCAUGCGCAAUACACCAACUUGGCCGACCCGGUGGCGCGAGGGCGGGAUUUCCACUGUGGUGGCGGAGCCCGAGCCCUCGCCGCCUACCCGGCAGCGCGCAGGAAACUGGGGAAAGGAGCUUCUGAGCCCGUGAACCUGCAUGAACCUGCAUCGGAAGUGGAAGAAGAGCGUAUGUGUGAGAGAGAGACCUCUGCCUGGUUUAACACAUCACGAUAAUGCGCUCAGGAAAGGGCACUUCAAGUGUCUGGAGUUCAGAGAUGUGGCCCAGGGGAGGGAACUGUGGCUAGUUAAGGAGACCAUGCUUGAUGUUGCUCCCAGAUCCCAUGUCAACACCCAGUCCUCAGCUGCUGGUGGCAGCUGCUCGGCAGACCCUGGGCGUGGGAAAGAGACGGCGCCUACCUCGCACUGUCUGCCUUCACCUAGCUGGAGAGAUACUGGCUGUGGCCCGGGGACUGAAGCCGGCUCUGCUCUAUGAUUGCAACUGUGCGGGGGCAUCAGAGCUCCAGAGCUAUGUGGAGGAGCUGCAGCGCCUGGGCUUCCUGACACAGGGACUUCACAUCCUUGAGGUUGGAGAAAACAGCCUGAUUGUCCAUCCUGAGCAUGUAUGUCAGCACCUGGAGCAGGUGCUGCUUGGUACCAUAGCUUUUGUGGAUGUUUCCAGCUCCCUACCUCACCCUUCUGUCCGCUCCUUGGACCAGCUUCAGGACUUGAAGUCCCUCAUAGCUGAGAUCAUCAUGCAUCUGCAGGGGUUGCAGAGGGACCUGUCCUUGGCAGUAUCCUGCAGCAGGCUCUGUUCCUCAGACUGGAAUCUCUGUACUGUGUUUGGGAUCCUCCUGGGCUAUCCUGUCCCCUAUACCUUUCACCUGAACCAGGGAGAUGACAACUGCUUAGCCCUGACCCCUCUACGGGUAUUCACUGCCCAGAUCUCAUGGCUCCUUGGUGAACCCCCAGUCUUGCUCUAUUCUUUUAGUGUCCCAGAGAGCUUGUUCCCAGCCCUGAUGGACAUUCUAAACACUUGGGAGAAGGACCUCAGAACUCGAUUUAGGACUCAGAAUGAUUUUACUGACCUCAGCAUCUCCUCUGAGACAGUUACACUGCCAGCUGUAGCCCUCUGACUAACUCCCAUAUAUCGGGUUGUCGGAAAAGUCGUGACGCAUUUUUGCAACGAAAAACAGAGAAAAAAAUACAUCAUGAUUUUUCCAACAACCCAAUAGAAGGUACUCAGUAAAUGAUUAGUUCUAGGUCAGGGAUGGCAAAUAGGAAUCAUCUCCAGUGCCAAUUCCAAGUAUCUUUUGAGAACACUAGAGAAGAAUGCUGUAAUCAGUUGGCCACAUCUGCGAUGGUCAUGGGAACAGGUGGUAGUGGGGGACGUGUUGGAAGUACACACUUGCCAUUUUUACUAGGGAGUCCUGACUUCGCUGAGAUGUCUAUUCCUUUUUCACUGGAUAGGAGAUAGAAGAAAGAGAUUGUGGAGAAGAAGGGUGGUGGAGGACAAGCAGUGCACCCUUGUAUACUGUGCAUGGUAUGGUAGCAUUGUAAAUGUACCUACCCUGUGUGGGUAAUGUCAGCCAGGAAGUAGGACUGGGCAUUACUGCAUAUUUAUAUACCGCCAACUGAACUGGACUAAGGAGCAU